AUGACCAGCAACGCCCAAUUUACCUCCUGGCCCACAUUCCUGCAAGCACUACAAACCCGGUUUGCCCCAUCACAAUAUGAGGACCUCGGUGCCCUGUUCAAACUUACUCAAAAGGGUUCAGUGGCAGCUUACCUAGAUUCGCCGCAAAGCCCAGGCCCAUCAUCCCUGACUCUGGUCCAAUCCGCCGGCCUCACGCGCCUCCAAGAAGAGAAGCUGUCAGACCAUCGCCCGCCACCGCGACCACGACCCCCACCCAUCAUUCCCCCACCUCCUCGUCCCACGAUGCUCCUGCCUCUCUUGCCCUCACCACCUCAACCCCCACCACCCACAGUGAAACGCUUGACUCCAGAUGAACUCACCUCACGCCGGGAGCGUGGGCUGUGUUUCAACUGUGACGAAAGGUACCAUAGAGGGCAUUGUUGCACCUCUAGGGUUUUCCUUCUUAUCGUGGAAGAUGAAGACCCCAGUUGGCCUCAUAUAGACCCUUUCGACCCGACCCAAGACACAAACUCUACAUCUAACCCGAACCCGGCCCAAAUUAGCUUGACCUCGUUAUCGGGCAAUUUGGCACCGGAAACUUUGCGCCUCACAGGCUUUCUUUCCGACCAUCGUAUGAUCCUCCUUGUUGAUGGGAGAAGUACCCACAAUUUUAUCCAGCCUCAAUUAGCUACCGCCCUGAGCUUGCCCUGUCGGACCACUCAAACCCCAUUACGAGUGAUGGCGGGAAAUGGUCAAUACUUGGAGUGCACCAGCCUUUGUGAAUCAGUUUCUUUGACCAUUCAGAACCAUGUCUUCGUCCUCGACCUCCAUGUCCUACCAAUUUCAAGCGCCAAUAUUGUUUUGGGGGUGCAAUGGCUCAAGACUUUGGGGCUAGUCCUCACUGAUUAUGCUACCCUAUGCAUGCAAUUCUUUCAUCAAGGGCGCUUGGUGGAAUUACAGGGCGAGAAUGACACCAACUUGGGUAUUCUCACCAACCCCAGUUUCAGCCUUCCUCCGGCUAGGUCCAUCGAUCAUUAUAUUCACUUGGUCCCAAACUCCCCUCCAGUCAACGUGAGGCCCUACUGUUAUCCUCACUAUCAAAAGCAGGAGAUUGAGCUUCAGGUUGAUUCCAUGCUUCAGAAAGGGCUUAUUCAACCCAGCACGAGCCUCUUCUCGUCGCCGGUGUUGCUUGUCCAGAAGCAGGAUGGUACGUGGAGGUUUUGCAUCGACUACCGUGCUCUUAACGUGGUGACGGUCAGGGAUAGGUUCCCUAUCCCCACCAUUGACGAAUUGCUAUACGAGUUGGGUGGCGCGGAAUGCUUCUCGAAGCUCAAUUUGUUGCAGGGCUACCAUCAUAUUUGGAUACAUGAUGCUGAUAUCCCCAAGCCCACCUUCAGAACCCAUCACAGCCAUUACGAGUUCAAAGUAAUGUUGUUUGGGUUGUGCAACGUGCCAUCUUCCUUCCAAGCCACAAUGAACUUGAUUUUCCGGCCAUACCUCCACCACUUCAUCAUCAUCUUCUUUGACAAUAUCCUCAUAUACAGUGCUUCCUUUGAGGCUCACCUAAGCCAUUUGGAAAUUGCUUUUCAAGUGCUGCUUGACAAUCAUUUUGUUCUAAAAUUGUCUAAAUGUUUCUUUGCGCAGCCCCAGGUGGAGUAUCUCGAACACAUGGUUUCUCGGCGGGGAGUGGAGCCCGUGGCUUCUAAGGUCGCCGCUAUUCAUCAAUGGUCAGUUCCUCGUUCCAUUAAAGCUGUCUGA